AUGAAAAACAUCCUCACCUCGAUAUUCUCUCCACGUAAGACGUCGGAGGACCGAGAGGCCGCUUCAUCGCCGCUUGGACCCAAAUCAGCGCUCUCGAGCAAGAAAUUGAGGAGGAGGUCACUCCAGGAACAAAAGAUGGAGAGAUCUGUACGAUUCUCACAUAUCCUAAACGACACAGACAUCUCCCCUAUAUCCACAAAGUCGCCGAAUGCAAAUUCAAAGUCACCAGAGAAGAAGACGAGUCCGGGGGCAAGCAGCCGCGCGGAAAGCUCACACCGCCCCAGCAAUGCGUUGGACCAAGGGGCAGAAGAUGGAGAGUACACGUUUAAUCGCUUCCUUGACCAUCGCUGGAACGGGGACUCGAUCGAAAUCGAAGUCGAGUGGGAAGAAGGCGAUAGCACGUGGGAACGUGAGGACCUGCUGCACCAAGACGCGCCUGACGCGCUGCUAGAGUAUUGGGAGAGCCAAGGCGGACGCCCUGUGAACCCGAAUAACCCUGACUUGUUCGACAUACAUGCUAUUCGAAAACACAGCAAGGAUCGCAAAAAGUUGCUUGUAGAGUGGGUGGGUUACGGCCCAAAGGAUGCGACUUGGGUUCCCAGGGCAGUGGUCGAAGAGACCGCGCCAGAGGUUGUAGCUCAGUACUGGAAGACGGUGCAGCCAGCUCGGCCGGGGCGGCGACGACGACGUCGGGCUUGA